AUGUUACAGCUCCCACCGGUGAUUCAAGGUCGACAGCCGAAGCAUCAUAGGAGGGGAGUUUUCCGGCAGGGAGCAGGUACACUAUUCCGGCUUGAGAGAAGUAAACAGUUCUCGUCGGCAUCUCGGGAAUGGAGAGAUGCGGCGGACAGGUUAGCAGCAAUUUUAGCUCCGGUGGGUAAGAAAGUUCUUAUCAAGUCAAUAGAUUGA